AUGGACCUCCUGCUGCUUCAGCUCCUCAUGGGUCUGGGCUUUGGGCUGGGGCUGCUGCCUGGCGCUCUCGCCUGCCUGCAGUGUGAGGCCCCUUUUCGCCAGGCCCUGGCCAAGGCCCGAGUGCGCCUCGUGGCCCACAACUUCCGUACUGAGCGGCUGCGAGCCCGAGCUCAGGCCUUGCUUCUGGGCAUGGAAGGAGAAUUCUUCGCCAACUAUGCCACCAGAGCUUAUAUGGGGAGAGUGGGACUUGGCCAGCUCUCUCCAGUGGUGGCUCUAGCCCAGAAGAAGAUUCAGGAAGUUCAAGAGACAUACCUAACGGAUGGACCACUGCUGGACAAGUUGGUGAAAGUACGGGGGGAGCUGAUGAAGUCGUUGAAGAGGGCCCUUAAAGAACACCAGCAAAAAGACCACAUGGGCUCCCAGGUCCUUGACUGUCUUCACUGUUACCGUGUCUAUGCAAGAUGUCUGAAUCCAACACUAUGCUUUGGUGAGGAGGAGGUCCCCUCAGAGGACAGGGUGACCCCUGGGGAUGGGAGUGGGAUUGAUGAGUAA